AUGCUGAGGCCCCGGGGCCAACCAGUGCAACCUGGCGGUGGCAGCGACGACGAAGGCAACGAUGCGGCUUCUUCGGGCAUGUGCUACGAUGCCAUGUCUUCCUUCAACGUCACGGUGUCCCUCGGGCACAAAAAUCCCUCCCCGCCGGCGGGGUCAGCAGCCUCUCGACAAACCGGUCCCAGGCAGACGAGCACGUUGCGGUCGGUUGACACCACGUCUCUCGAGAGCCGGUCUCUCGACAGCGGCUCGACCUCGGUAUCUCGAGCUCCGUCUCUGGCGGAAUCGAUCGGCAACUUUGAUCCGGAGAAGGCGGAGGCGGAGGCGCGAAAGGCUUUGACAGGGAGCGGGCUUCUAUCGGGAGACAUGUCGGGAGCGUUCCCGGAAAGCAUCAAGCGUGCCGAGGAGGUGCUGCAGCACACGCGGGAGACGCUGGCAAGAGCAGAUGGUGCCGCUAGAGAUUCUCUCGCUGGCGGUAGCGAUGGCGGCCACGACAGCUUAUCCACAGAGGAGCUUGAGGGACUAUCUCGUGCCCUCAAGCGUGCCUUGUUUGUGUGUCCGAACCACAAGGGGCUGCACGCCAUGAGGGGCGAGGUGCACCGCAGGCUUCAGGACUUGCGCACAGCCGUCGGAUGUCUCAGGCUGGCAGUCAGGAUGGACAAGUCGGCGCUCAACGUACGCCAGAGGCUGGCCGAGGUCCUCUUGAGCCAGGGCAUGGUGUGGCUUGACGGUGGCGAUAGCGAAGCCGCCUUGGCGUGCUUCGAAGAGGCGUGCACGGUGGAUGGGGCCAACGCCUCCGUACACUUCUGUAAAACCGUCGCUCUGGUUAAGCUUGGAAGGUUCGUCGAGGCGCUUCGAUCCGUGGAAGCCGUUCUAGGGAGGAGGAAAGGCACGGCCGACGACUACGUCUUGAGGGCCAAGAUUCGAUGGGCUGUGGGAAUGGUAGGCCCAGGAAACAUUGACCUUGGCAUCGCGAAGACUCUUCAGAGCGACCACCCGGAGGUGGUGAUGUUUGGCAGGCGGUGCCUUGGCAACGCUGAGGGUUUGUACGCCAAGGCCAAGGAGCUGGCGGACGCCGGGGACGACGUCAGGGCGGUUAAGAUCCUGAACCAGGUGGCCGACCUCACCCCCGAAGACGUGAAAGUGCCCAUCAUGAGAGCAGCAUGCAAGAGGCGGCUGAAGGACUUUGCCGGCGCUCUCUGCGACUACGACGAGUGCUCCUUCCGACACUUCAGGGAGGUACACGUCGGGCGUCGUGCGCUCGACCGAGCAGCCAGCAGGCUGAGAAGCAGGGCAAGCAGCAGGCGAGGCGAGGACACAGGGAGGCUAGGCGUAGCUGUGCCGGGUGGGUUAGGAGGGGGAGCGGGAAUAGAGGGAGCGCGCGCGGGGGGAGACGUGGUUUUGGCGGCGGCAAGCGGACAGGUUGUGGACGGUGAGAACACCGAGGGGGUGGAAAACUCGGCCUCAGAUGCACUCGCGGGCGGUGGCGACGUUGGGAAGGUCACCGGGGAGAAGGGGGAGCAGGACACACCAGCGGGUGUGAGGGAAACGAAAAGGGGGGGCGGGGGUGGGGACGGAGAAAAUGCGACGGUGGAACCUGGACGCGCGGGUGUAUCUGAGUCGCCGUUUCCCCCACUCUCCGAAAGCAUAAACACCGCGGAAAGGGGGACGGACCCGCCGAGAUUGUCAACGACCGAAGCAAGUAGAAUUCAAGAGGACAUGGAGAUGCAGGUUGAUUGUGAGAGGCUGGCCGACGAGGAGCUCCGCCGGAUGUUCCGUUUGGCGAUCCCGCACGCCGGACCAGACCCUACCUAUACCCUCCGACCGUUUCAGCCCCAACAGCAACAAGAGAACGAGCAGACGCCGCCUCAGCGACUUUCUCGAGAGCAACAGCAGCAAAAUGUUUUACUGUCGUCGGCACCUUCGGGAGGCAUUCCCUCCGAGGGGAAGGGGGGACUGUUGAAGACUGUCAUCAUUGAAGGCGAAAGGGGGCAGCAAUCGCAAGGGGAGGGGAAGGAGAGGGAAGGAUACUCGGAGCCCCCGUACAUCACGAGGCAGCGGUGUCUCGUCCUGAACGACUGGGCUUUGAGCUUGUUCGAGUUCGGGGAGUACGAAAAGGCGGUUUAUGCGCUUGACCUAGCGAUAGACGGUGAUCGGGCGUCUGCCUUGGCAACAGGCGGGGCGAUGGAGUCGAAGUUUUUCUUAAACAGGGGGGACUGCUACCGUGGCAGCGGCGACGCUGAGAUGGCUGUUCGCGACUACACGCGCGCUUUGGAAGUCGAGCCCAGCAACUGGAUGGUCAAGACUCGCUUAUCUAUGGCACACUAUCUCAAGGGCCACAGCCUCUUCAACGACGGGAAUUUUCUGGAGGCCAAAAGUGAGCUCGAUACGGCCAUCGCCUACAAUUGGAAGGUCAAGGCGAUGCGAACGACUGUACUCGAGGCGAGGGAAGGCAGACAUGCCUCCGGAGGUACACGGGUAUAG